CAUAUAAUAUGGCAGCGUCAGGAGAUGAAGUGAAACUCUUAGGAGCGUGGGCGAGCCCCUACGUGAUUAGAGUAAGAAUUGCUUUGGAACUCAAGGAGGUGAGCUACGAGUACCUGGAGCAAGAGAUUUGGGAAAAUAAGAGUGAGCUCCUCCUCAAAUCCAACCCCGUGUACAAGAAGGUGCCAGUUUUGAUCCACAAGGAUCGGCCCAUUUGCGACUCCGCAAUCAUACUCCAAUACAUCGACGAAGCUUGGGCCGGAACUGGGCCCUCGAUUCUUCCCUCGGAUCCUUACGAACGCGCCGUCGCGCUCUUUUGGGCCAGCUAUGUUACUGACACGUGGCUCUCUACUACAAAAAAGAUUAUAAAUGCAAGUACGGAAAAAGAGAAAGCAGAGACUGUAGAGCAAUCGUUGGUAGGACUCUCUUUACUAGAAGAGGCUUACGAAAAAAGCUUCAAAGGGAAGCCCUUCUUUGGCGGAGACAACAUAGGCUAUUUGGACAUCGCUUUGGGAUGCUUUUUGGGUUGGUUGAGAGCAUUAGAGAAGAUAUCAGGUAUCAAACUCAUCGACAGGGCAAAGCUCCCUCUCUUAGCGGAAUGGGCAGAGCACUUCGGCGCCGUCGCAACCGUGGAGAAGCUGAUCCCGAAAACCGACAAGCUGGUAGAGUAUUAUACGAAGGUGCACCAACCUAAGUAGAAUGUUAGUGCCUCGAAUAACUGAUCUAGUAUUCAAAUACUAUAGCAAGACAAUUUGUCAAGAAUAAAGGGCGUGUGUUGAAUAAAAAGAAUUAACAAGUUUAA